UGAAAGGAUUCAAGUAAUUAUUGGUUAUUUUAGGUCUGGAUGGGCUUUGUUUAAGUUGCACAAUUUUGCCUUGUCUCAAUCUGCGAUUCGAUUCAGUUAGUUACUGGGUUCAAUGUACGUCUCGCGGUAUGGUGCUACAUAAGUCGAAGUCUGCGAACAACGUGGAACUGUACAGAGAUGUGGAGCAUCAAGAGCAGGUGCGCAUCAGUGACGACUGUUCCGAAUGUGAACGACAACUGCAGAAAUCCGAUUCGGUCAUCAAUCUGGUCAUCAUCAAAGACAACGGACAGAGAGGUAAGAAAGGGAAGACACGACAGGUGGGAAUUGGGGCGCACUUUUUGGCCAAGUAUAUACUGCCUCGGAGGUCCUGUUCCUUCGCCUUCAGAAACGCAUGCUUCAAGUGCUUCACGAUUGCGUUGACCUACGCAACAUACUGCUGUUUUCAUCUCUCCAGAAAACCAAUUAGUGUGGUCAAAACCGUUCUUCAUUCGGACGAUGAUUCCCCAAAAACAGCAGUCGAUAGUAAAGGAUGGGCGCCAUUCGAUGCUCCAAAUGGACAGACAUUGUUCAGUUGUUUAGACUCUGUCUAUUUGUUUUCCUAUGCGUUCGGAAUGUUCGUAAGCGGACACUUAGCCGAAAGGUACGAUCUCAGACUUUUUCUGUGUUUGGGGACCACUCUAAGUGCAAUCUUCACAGCUGCUUUUGGUCUUGGCUUCUACUUGAACUUACAUAUCUACUGGUUCUACUUUAUGGUUCAAAUGGUCGGAGGAUUCUUCCAGAGUUCAGGAUGGCCAGCUGUGGUCACGUGUUUAGGCAACUGGUGCGGGAAGAAAAACAGAGGGUUUGUGAUGGGUGUGUGGAACUCACAUACUCCUGUGGGCAACAUUCUGGGAUCCAUCAUCGCCGGCUACUGGGUCGAGUCUCAGUGGGGCCUGUCUUUCAUAGUUCCUGGUCUCAUUCUAGGCGUAGCGGCUGUGGUGAAUUUCCUGUUUCUAAUUCCAUUCCCGGAGUAUGUAGGAUGCAAUGAUCCAGUAGAUAAAGGCAAAGAAGAAAACUACGAGGAAAAGAAACGGGGACGCUCUAAUGGUCUGACAAAGAAAGUUAUGUUCGAUGACACGUACAAAGAGCAAACGGAACAGUUUAUUCCGAAAUGUGAACAUCAUUUAGCUAGUUUUGAUAUAAGCCCGAGAAAUGACAGCAUAAUUGGUAGCAGCAUCAACAGCAAUAGCAGUAGUAAUGGGGUAGGCGUUGCCUCCAGUCCCCCCGUGUCAUUCGGGGAGGCACUUCGCAUCCCGGGAGUGGUUACCUACUCCAUGUGUCUCUUCUUCACUAAACUCGUCAGCUACACGUUUCUGUUUUGGCUCCCCCUCUACAUUCAGCACUCGGAACAUUCGACUCCACAGCAAAGUGCUAACAUGUCCACUUUGUUCGACUUCGGAGGUAUUCUAGGCUGUAUAGUAGCGGGUGUGGUGACAGACUACGCGGGUGAGAGGUGUUCGGUUUGCGCUGCCAUGUUGGGGUGGGCCGCCCCUGCCCUCUACCUCUACCUGCACUUUGGGGCCCAAUAUGCGACCCCUCUGCUGUUUAUAUGCGGAGUGCUAGUUAAUGGACCAUACGGCCUCAUCACAACGGCAGUAGCUGCAGAUCUAGGAACCCACCCUAGCAUCGGGAGCAGUUCACGUGCGCUGGCAACAGUCACUUCCAUCAUAGAUGGCACUGGGUCUGUGGGGGCUGCAUUGGGACCCCUGAUGGCAGGAGUGGUCAGCAGUUACAUCAGUUGGCCAGCAGUUCUCUACGUCCUCAUCCUCGCAGACCUUCUGGCUCUCUUAUUCCUCACCAAAAAGUCACUCAUCAAGUGCAUACUGUACCCCCUGCAUGCAGCCAAGCUGGUAUCAUGACUCACUAAACCAUCACUCAUGAACUAAUUAUUCUCGUGAGCUGAAUACGUCAAUUACGAUUGAAAUUUCUUCUGCGCGAACUAUGAUGCAUCACUUUGAUCAACUGCGAUGAAAUCGAUUUUAUUGAGAUGGCGAACUUUGGCCUCAGUCAUAGUUCAUAUAACGGCUGUAUUUUAAUUUAAUUGGAGAAAUCAAGCGGAAAGUUUCUGAUGUUUAGUCUUACUUAAUGAAAUUUUAAACCCAAAUGAAUAUUCAUCGAUCGAUUUACGUUAUUAUUGUGACAUUUCAACACAGUGUAUCUUUACUACUUGCGUUCAAGUUUUGUUGAACUUGACUGAUAUCGAUUUUUAAACAAAAUUAUUGAUAUCAAAGUCUUACCAAAAUUAUAGGGCUUUAAAUCACACUUCAUUUUCUUCAACUGGUGGAUUAUUUGUGGUGCGCUUUCAUGUUGAAAAAUUUUGGUGCUCAUUUUAUUUCCGUUCUGACUUUAAAUUAAUUGUAUAUGAUUGUAUGUAUUUACUUGUUUAUAAUAG